AUGAAGACUCUUAAUAUCCACCACGGUGUGGCGCUUCUGGCCACUACUCUCUGUCCAUUUACAUUCGCAUCCCCAGCGACUUCCAACCCCUGCCGCCGUGUAAGUGAGUUUUGGGCCGCCCAAAUCAAGUCCGGCAUCGAGACACCCAAGGUGGACGCCGCUCUGGCCUAUCAAUGCGUCACCUCUGUCCCUAUUGCGCAGAAGCAAGCUCUGAAGUUCAUCGACGAGCUUGUCCCCUACCUCGAGUUCCAGUCCGACCAAGCGUGGAAGAAGAAUCCUCCAAAGUCCUACAAUUACCCUGGCUAUGACAUGUGGGCUGAGCUAUCCACAAUUCGUUCUGGCAUCGAGUCGGGCAACGAGGAUGGACUAAAGCUGCCUGUUAUCAAGGUCUACCAGGAUGCCAGUUCUUCGCCCAAGGACGCGUCCGCAGUCACUCACAUCAACGGCAAGGAUGCCGUGACCUGUAUCGAGGAUUUUGUCAACAAGGUCGGAGAGAACCAGGACCGUGACGCCAAUUACAAUAUGAUGUUUUAUUCUCGAGCGCAGGAGUCCGUCUUUAAGACGCUGGGACAUUUCCACCGCGGUGGCCGCCUGCAGCAAGUCCAAUCUCUAAUGCUUCUACUCAAAGACAACGACACUAACACUAUGGAUCGUAGAUUUGUAUACCCAGGGGAGGCGACAACGCUGAACUUCCAGAACGGAACCAGGUUAGAAAUGAAGAACAGCGCUCAGAUAACUGGCAACUGGACCGGCGUCGUCGAUUCCAAAACAUUUUUUGCCAAGCUCUGUCCCAACGCACUGUCCAAUGGCAAGCAACCCGGCUCCAAUGUAGCGAGUCACAAGAAGCCUGGGCCGACUGGUGAUGACGCCAGACUGGUGUCGACUGCAGAUGAGACCAGGCUCCCUGGCUACCCCAAGCCAGUGGCCAUUACGAGUGACAAGAGUGCAUCCGGCUACUUCCUGGAAGGGCCAGAAUUCGAAAAUGUCGCUGUCCUGGUGCUGACGGGCAUGUCUAUAGUAGCCGCGCCAUCGCAAAAGACCGUGCAGGACUUUUACACUGCAGCCAAGCGUGCCGGCAAGACCAAGCUCGUCGUAGAUGUUCAGGUCAACGAAGGUGGCUUCAUCUCCUAUGCCUAUGACAUGUUCCGUCAGCUCUUCCCAGACAUUGUGCAGGACGUACAAGGCCGACACAGACUCUCCCCUGGGUUCACCGCAAUUGCGAAGGGCGCGUCAGAGGUCUGUCGCAACUUCGACCCCGUCGCCACUGAGGAGGAGGAUGACGAGGAUAAGAUGCUCCUAUGCCAAAGUCCAUUCUACUAUGGCUAUGACCUGGACAGUACGCUUCACAAGUUCAAAACACACGCCCAGAAGUACACAUCUCAUACCCUCAACGGCGACAAAUUCACCAAUCUAACAGUAUGGGACUUGUCUGAUAUUACUGACACCAGUAGCCCCCAUUAUGGUUAUGGAUUCAACGUCACCGGCUACGGCAACCGCCUCAACUUUACGCGGCCCUUCAACGGGCCAGAAGAUAUAGUGCUGUUAUUCGACGGCUACUGCUCGUCUUCGUGCACCAUCUUCGCCCAAUGCAUGAUUCAUGACGCCGGCGUCAAGACCAUCUCAAUCGGCGGUCGUCCUCACGAGGGUCCUAUGCAGGGCGUCGGUGGCGUCAAAGGCUCUCAUGUUUACGGUCACGAAGAUAUCAAGCGGUACGCGGGGUAUGUUAAGAAUAAACUGGAGAGCAACAGCUCUGCCAUUCUCAAGGAAAUGGACAGGUACACCAACUACAUUCCCAGUCGCACUCGGUAUAUGGCUGUUAACAUGCUGGACUCCUACCUGCCGGAGGACAGGGGCAGUGGCCCGCCCUCACAGUUCGUUACUGAGCACUCCGAAUGCCGCAUGUUUUGGACACAGGAAAUGGUGGAUAGCCCUGCAGCCGUGUGGAAGGUGGCUGCAAAGGCGGCCUUUAAUGGAGGCAAGUGCGCAGCUGGAGGCUUCAGUAAAAGGGCUUGA